AUGGGAAAUUCAGGAAUACGAAAGUUAUGGUUUUUGGAUUCUCCUGUUGAAACUCCAUUUAAAUCCAUUCAUGAAAUCAAUGUCAUCGAUAUUAAUAAGUCAGAAGAAUCACUCUCUCAAUAUAAGGGUCAAAAAGUACUCAUAGUUAAUGUUGCAAUUGACUCUCCUGAAUUGAAUGAUCAAUUGAAUUAUUUGAAAUCUCUACCCUAUCCAGUACUCCUCUUUCCUAAAUGCGAUCACACAUUCACUUAUUAGCAGAUUGCCGAUAAAUUACAAGGAUUCAAAGUCUAUUAGAAAGUGGAAUUGAAUGGUUAAUUUACUCAUCCAUUGUACAAGUUUCUCAAGAGACAAACCCCUUAAUUGUACGAUGAGAAGCUGGCUAACGGGCGACAAAUCAAAUAGGACUUCUGUAAAUUCUUGAUUUCAGAAGAAGGCCAACCAAUUAAGUACUUGUUACAAAAUGAGAAAUUGUGAAUUAUUUAAGUAUCGACAUUUAUAUCGAAAUCCGAC